GGCUGGAUUUCUGUAUAAAUUUGUGAUGCGGCUGCAAUGGUUCGUCAGUGAAGCAUUUGAUUUGGUCUAAUAAACAGCAGCCUAGUGCGAUCCGAGGAUAUAGCAACACCGAGGAUUACUGUGAGAGAUAGUGCCAAGUGCUAAAGUGCGUUGUGAAAAAGAGACGUGUGAUCCGCAUCCGCAACUAGUAUCCAUUACCCAUACGCACCGUUAACCCGUGAUUGCGCAGCCAUGAAAGCCUUCAUCCUAAUGUCCUGUCUGGCGCUGGCCGCCGCUCGUCCUGAAGCGGGCUACAACUACAACCGUCCUGGUGGCGGCGGCGGCUCCGGCGGUGGCUCCCAUGGAGGCGGCGGAUUCGGCGGUGGCUCCAGCGGCGGAUUCGGCGGUGGCUCCAGCGGAGGAUUCGGCGGUGGCUCCAGCGGCGGAUUCGGCGGUAGCUCCGGCGGUGGAUUUGGAGGUGGCGGCUUCGGUGGCGGUAGCAGCGGCGGCGGCGGCGGCUUCGGCGGCGGCAGUGGAGGCGGCGGUGGCUUCGGAGGUGGCUUCGGAGGCGGUUCCGGCGGCGGCGGCGGAUUCGGAGGAGGCGGCGGCAUUGGCGGAUUUGGAGGCGGCGGCGGGGGUGGCACCACCCUGGUGCAGAAGCACAUCUACGUGCAUGUGCCGCCACCAGAGCAGGAGGAGGUUCGCCAGCGCCCCAAUCUGCCCAUUGGCCAGUCCCAGAAGCACUACAAGAUCAUCUUCAUCAAGGCCCCAUCGCCACCCUCGUACCAGGCUCCGGUCAUCCCACUGCAGCCUCAGAACGAAGAGAAGACUCUGGUCUACGUGCUGGUGAAGAAGCCCGAGGAUCAGCAGGACAUCGUCAUCCCCACGCCCGCACCCACGCAGCCCUCGAAGCCGGAGGUGUACUUCAUCAAGUACAAGACCCAGAAGGACUCGAGCGGCAUUUCCGGCGGCAUCUCCGGCUCCACCGGUGGCUUCACCCAGACCAAUGCUGGCGGCGGUGGCUACACCACUGGCGGCGACUCGGGCUUCACCGGCGGCGACAGUGGCUCCAUUUCGGCCCCCUCCAGCAACUACGGACCCCCCGGAAAGUCCGGUCCCUACUAAGUGAUUUCAAUCCAUUGGUAAAACUCAAAAUUACGAACUUCGAACUCGGCUCAAGCUGCUGACUAGUCCUGUCGUUGACACGCCCCUAUAUUUCUCACUUGAGAACCAAAUCAUUCACAUCACAUUUACCACAACCACACGAUCUUCGACCACCAUGUGACACCUGAAUAAUCUCAGACUACCAUCUCAAUCUCACCUUCAGAGGGGGCGGCGCUUUCGCCCACGACCUUUUGUAUAUAAUACCUUUCUCCACUCCCACUCUCACUCUCACUCUGUCCUUUCAUCUUUCACAUCUGUGCAUUUCCAUCUACAACUGAUUAGAGUCUAACCUUCAGCCCUGCCUGGAAAUUUUUAUUAGCUAAUAGGCGAAGAGGGCGGGUUCCUUGGAUGGGAACCUCGCUUGGCGCCCGGAAGAGCGAAUAAUGAUGAUGAUGCUGAUGAUUUGUAGCAGAAGAUGAUUUAGCGGGGCUUGGCAUGCCCCAUACAUAUAAAUAUAUAUUAAUUAUACUAGGCUUAAGUACUUUAUGCACAAAUAAAAAAAACAACGGU